UUAUCUUAGAUAUUCACUCCGAAGUUCCAGCUCAUAAAUCCAGGCAAGAAACCAACACAAAGUCAAAACCUUUUUAACCAAAUGAACUGCAUGGAUAAUAUUUAAAGUCCAUAGGGAUCCGACAUGGAAAUUAGCGGAAGAAAACACGCUUUCUGGUUUAAUAAUAGUAAAUAAAAAGAAACUAGAAGGCAGUUUCUUGGUUUGUCAAGCAAAGUUAAUCCUAAUCUCUCUUCUUCUUGUUCAUUUUCUCUAUCACCAUUUCCUGCUUUGAUUCUCUCUGCACCCGUUUUGCAAACAGUACUACGUGCAGAUCAAACCAUGGCUGCUGCUUUGGUAGGUGGAGCUUUUCUUUCGGCUUCCCUCCAGGUUUUGUUUGAUAGAUUGGCUUCUCGCCAGGUUGUUGACUUCUUUAAAUGCCAAAAACUAAAUGAUAGGCUGCUGAAGAAGUUGAAGAUACUGAUGAUUACUGUUAAUAAGGUGCUCAAUGAUGCUGAAAAGAAGCAGAUCAGUGACUCGUUUGUAAAAGAGUGGCUUGACGAGCUCAAAGAUGCUGUUUAUGAAGCAGAGGACUUCUUGGAUGAGGUUGCUUAUGAAGGCUUGAGACUGGAUGUUGAAGCUGGCUCUCAAACCAGCACUUAUCAGGUUAGAGGCUUUUUAUCUUCUCGUAAAACAGUCCAGGAAGAGAAGGAAGAGAUGGGAGCUAAGUUAGAGGAGAUUCUUGAGCUGCUUGAAUAUUUAGUACAGCAAAAGGAUGCUCUUGGACUGAAAGAGGGUAUCGGAGAACAACCCUUCUCAUACAAAAUACCAACAACUUCUCUGGUGGAUGGAUCUGGGGUUUUUGGUAGGCAUGAUGAUAAGGAAGCCAUAAUGAAGUUGAUGUUAUCUGAAGAUGCCAAGCUAGAUGUGAUUCCUAUAGUGGGUAUGGGUGGGGUUGGUAAAACCACUCUUGCUCAGCUUAUCUACAAUGAUAGCAGAGUUCAAGAGCGGUCUGAUCUGAAGGUAUGGGUCUCUGUUUCGGAGGAAUUUGAUGUUUUCAAGUUAAUCAAAGAUAUGCUUCAAGAGGUCGGUUCACUGAAUUGUGAUAACAUGACUUCAGAUCAGCUUCACAAUGAGGUAGAGAAGAGAACAGCAGGGAAAACAGUGCUGAUUGUUUUAGAUGAUGUUUGGUGUGAGAAUCAAGAUCAGUGGGAUUCUUUAUUGACACCUUUAAAGUCUGUGAGACAAGGGAGUAAGAUCGUCGUUACAACGCGCAAUGAUAGUGUAGCAUCGGUCAAGUCAACUGUUCCAACACAUCAUCUGCAGAAAUUAACUGAAGACGACUGCUGGUUGGUUUUUGCAAAACAGGCAUUUGAUGAUGGAAGUUCUGGUGCAUGUCCAGACUUGGAAGAAAUUGGCAGAGGAAUUGUAAGAAAGUGCAAUGGCCUACCUUUAGCUGCAAAAGCUCUUGGGGGUCUCCUACGCUCCAAAAGAGACGCAAAAGAUUGGAAGAAAGUGUUGAAGAGUGACAUGUGGACUUUGCCGAAAGAUCCGAUUCUUCCAGCUUUAAGACUGAGCUACUAUUACCUUCCUGCCCCACUGAAGCAAUGCUUUGCGUAUUGUGCGCUAUUUCCCAAAGAUUAUAGAUUCAACAAGGAUGAUUUAGUACGUUUGUGGAUGGCAGAGGGUUUUCUUGUCCCACUCUAAGGAGAUGAGGAGAUUGAAGAUGUAGGUGGCGAGUGCUUUGAUGAUCUUGUUUCCAGGUCAUUUUUUCAACGAUAUUCUAGUGACAAUCUAUCAUUGUUUAUUAUGCACGACCUCAUUAAUGAUUUGGCCAACUCUGUGGCGGGGGAGUUUUGCUUCCUGUUGGAGGAUGAUGAUUCAAACAAGAUUGCAGCUAAGGCUCGUCAUUUCUCAUAUGUACCAAAGUCAUUUGAUUCCCUUAAAAAAUUCGUAGGAAUCCAUGGAGCUGAACAUUUGCGCACUUUUCUACCGUUGCCAAAGCAGUGGGAAGACAACCGGUUUGAAGAUGGCCUAACACGUUAUUUAUUACCUAGACUUGGACGAUUACGAGUGCUAUCCUUGUCUCGCUAUUCUAGCGUAGCUGAGUUGUCUAGUUCAAUGGGAAUGUUAAAGCAUCUGCGAUAUCUGAACCUUUGGGGAACAUCAAUAGAAGAGUUCCCUGAAGUUGUGAGUGCUGCGUACAAUUUGCAAACGCUAAUCUUGGAAGAUUGCAAAGGGGUUGCUGAAUUGCCUAAUUCAAUUGGCAAUCUGAAGCAAUUACGAUAUGUGAAUCUCAAGAAAACAGCAAUCAAACUGUUACCUGCAUCUGUGAGUUGUUUGUAUAAUCUGCAAACAUUGAUCUUGGAAGAUUGUGAAGAGCUUUUUGAGUUGCCUGAUUCAAUAGGAAAUUUGAAAUGCUUACGACAUGUGAAUCUUACGAAAACAGCAAUUGAAAGGUUACCUGCAUCCAUGAGUGGAUUGUAUAACUUACGAACUUUAAUCUUGAAGCAAUGCAAGAAACUUACGGAGUUGCCAGCUGAUAUGGCAAGCUUAAUCAACUUGCAAAACCUUGAUAUUUUAGGAACAAAGCUGUCGAAGAUGCCUUCACAGAUGGAUAGAUUGACAGAGCUCCAAACACUGAGUGAUUUUUUUCUGGGAAGACAGAGUGGUUCUAGCAUUAUAGAGUUGGGCAAGUUUCAACAUCUACAAGGGGGAGUAACGAUUUGGGGUCUUCAAAAUGUUGUGGACGCUCAAGAUGCUUUGGAAGCCAAUUUGAAGGGUAUGAAACAGGUUAAAGUGUUCGAGUUGAGAUGGGAUGGCGAUGUUGAUGACUCGCAGCACCAAAGAGACGUUCUUGAUAAAUUACAGCCCUAUACAGGUGUGACUAGUCUUUAUGUUGGUGGUUAUGGAGGUACAAGGUUUCCAGAUUGGAUAGCAGACAUUUCUUUCUCAAAUAUAGUAGUGUUGGAUCUCUUCAAAUGUGCAUAUUGCACCUCUUUACCUCCACUUGGACAGUUAGGGUCUUUAAAGGAACUAUGCAUCCAGGAAUUUGAAGGAGUUGUGGUGGUGGGUCACGUUUAUGGAAGCUGCACAUCCAUGAAGGAGCCAUUUGGAUCCCUCGAGAUUUUAACUUUUGUUAGCAUGCCACAAUGGAAUGAAUGGAUUUCUGAUGAGAACAUGGAAGCUUUCCCUCUUCUUCGAGAGCUUCACAUAUCAGGCUGCCACAGCCUAACGAAGGCAUUGCCGAAUCAUCACCUUCCUUCUUUAACAGAACUUAACAUCCUUGAUUGUCAACAGCUUGGAGGCCCAUUUCCUUGGUAUCCAAUCAUUAACAGAUUUUGGUUAAAUGAUGCUUCUCGGGAUCUGCGUUUAGAGAAAUUGCCUUCUGAAUUGUAUGAACUCGAGAUUCGCAAAUUGGACUCCGUAGAUUCGUUGGUCAAGGAAUUGGAGCUGAUGGGUUGCUUAUCCUCGAUGUUUGAAAAUAUUGAAAUAGAUCAUUUUGACCUACUCAAGUGUUUCCCGCUAGAGUUGUUCUCCAAUUUAAACACUCUAAAAAUCAAGAAUUGUCCGAAUCUGAUUUCUCUUUUAGCAUAUGAAAAGCCUUAUAACAGGUCUCUCCGUUUCUUGGAAAUCCAGGGGUGUCCUAACUUAGUUUGUUUUCCCAAAGGAGGGUUAUCUGCUCCGAAUUUGACAAAGAUCAGGUUACUUGAUUGCAUAAAUUUAAAGGCGUUGCCUGAGCAAAUGUCUUUCAUUUUUUCCCUUGUGGAUUUGGAACUGAAAGGACUUCCUGAACUUGAGUCAUUUCCAGAAGGGGGUUUGCCACUUGAUGUAGAAACACUCUGCAUCCAAAGUUGCAAUAAACUCAUUGCAAGCCGUGCACAAUGGGAUUUGCUUCUUCAAUGUUCUCUUUCAAAAUUAAUAAUUGCUUACAAUGAAGAUGUGGAAUCUUUCCCUGACGGGCUGCUGCUGCCUUUAGAACUUCGGUCCCUUGAAAUCCGGUCCCUUGAAAAUUUGAAAUCUCUGGACUACAACGGGCUUCUACACCUCACCUGUCUUAGAGAAUUGAAGAUUGACACAUGCCCUAAUCUCCAAUCCAUACCUGAAAAGGGGCUCCCCUUCUCCCUUUAUUCUUUUGAAAUCAGUGGAUGCCCUCAGCUAGAAAAAAGGUGUGAGAAGGAGAAUGGGGAAGAUUGGCCCAAGAUUUCUCAUUUCCUCAACAUCAAGAUUGAUGGCCGCUGGAUUGAACCAGAAGACUGCUGUGGAGGCGGACGUAGAAAUGGAGUUGCUUUACAUGUCUACAGAGAAUCAUAAGUCGAGUUCACUCUAAAUCCAAGUCCAUGCUGCCUGGCUUCAACAGUCAGAGCAGGAAACGGGAACCUUAAGGUAGCAUAGAGCAUCAAAGACCGAAGCAUGGUUCAUAUGCAUCAAAGACUCGAUGUCUUUUGUCAGAAGAUCAAUUUCCAGUUUAUUGUUCAUUUCUUCAUAUGAUGCUAGUAGUUAACCCGAUUUCUUUCUGACCCUUCCCUUCGAAAACAGACUCAUCUAUUUUUCAUAGUUGUUGAGGCGGCUUCCAGGCUCUAGGGAGAGUCAGAGAGCCAAGAUCUGUGCUUGGUAUAAAAUUCUAUGGGAGUCUUCUGGUGCAUAUGAUACAAAGUUCGGAGAUGAUAUCAAAUCUAGUUGAGCAUCGAAUCUGGAAACGAAGCUUGCAUGUUGUACUUGGCCUUAUCAGCAUUCCUGGUCAGCAUAUCUGCUAGCAUUUGCUUACUCAUCCAGUCUAGUCUCACAGCUAUUACAAGAUAUGGUUUGCCAGACAGCAGUGGCAAUAACAUGCGACAAUUUUUUCAGUUUCCGAAUUAGCUCAGCACUUUUGUUGUAGUUGGUGGAAUUAUGCUUGUACAUAGGUUUAAAACCUAUCAACUGAUUCAGCUGCUCUUAUUUCUCAUGCUUCAAUAUAUUGGAUUAUUAUCUUUCAAUUCCAAAUUUUGUCUACAAAUGUUGCUUUCA